AUGAUCUUUCUUUGUGGUGUGAAGCAAGAAGAGGUUGAAGACAUCCUGGAGACAUGGCUGAAGCUCCUGUAUUUUCAAGCCACGCGCGAUGAAUUCACUGCAUGUAGAAACAGCAGCUUAAGAGCCCACACAUUUUUUUUUUUUCCGUCCACUUUCGAUAGCGUGAUAUUUUUGUUUGUAGAGUUAAUUGAGACUGAUUUUCUUGUGUGCUUUUUUCUAGGGGGCUGUGCAAAGACAGAGGAGGAGGAAGCCGCGAGCUCUGAGGAAGACUCGAGCUCGUUUCGUGGAAGUGGGGUCUGUAAAUGGUUUAAUGUGCGGAUGGGCUUCGGCUUUCUGUCCAUGACCCAUCGGGAGGGCAUCUGUCUGGACUCGCCCGUGGAUGUGUUCGUUCAUCAGAGCAAGCUUCAUAUGGAGGGCUUCCGCAGUCUGAAGGAAGGAGAAGCUGUGGAUUUCACCUUCAAAAGGUCCUCUAAGGGUCUGGAGUCCUUACGGGUGACGGGGCCAGGCGGGGUGCCAUGCGUUGGCAGCGAGAAGAAACCCAAGGGUGUCCAAAAACGCCGUUCAAAAGGAGAUCGAUGCUUCAACUGUGGAGGGCCGAAUCAUCACGCCAAAGAAUGCCAGCUGCCCCCUCAGCCAAAAAAGUGCCAUUUUUGCCAAAGCAUCACCCACAUGGUGGCCAACUGUCCAAUCAAAGCACAGCAGUUGUCACCGGGAUCUCAGGGAAAAUCAACAGCCUCCACCACAGGAGAAGAAGAGGACUUGAGCCACACCCCCUUCCCUCCCGACAGCUCUGAUUAGUCGGGGAAAGGUUGUCAGGGAAACACAAGCACCAAUCAAAAAGUUUCAAUGGAAAGCUGCUUUUGGAACUAACUCAGGUUUUUCUUUUUCAAACAGCAGAAAUGAAUGUGCUCACUUUUGUGCUUUAGUCAGGACAUUAAAACCAGAUUAAACUAAUAUUGAAUGUUAUAUUUAGAAAAAUAUGAUCACCAUCAUAUCCAUCAGUCAAAUGUCUGAACCUCAGCUUUGCGAUCUGCGAAUUCACACAAAUGGUUUUUCAGAUGGAUAAUCACGAAAUAGAGGGCAGACCUCACAAAAACAUGUCCAAGUCAAAAAUUCAGAUAUUAUAUUUCACUUAAAUUAAAGCCUGUUUUAGGACUAUUAAGCUUUUAAC